UUAUAGAAAGUACAUAAUUGUAUUAUUUUAAUAAAUGAGCAAAAUUAUUGAAUAAAAUUAUCUACUUAAAAAAACAUUUCAAAUUGAAAUAAUCAUAUUUAUAUCACAGUCUUAAAGUUAAUAUAAAUAAAAAAAUAGUACUAUAAAAAUAGUACCUACACAUUUUAUUUGUAUUUCAUUAUUCAAUUAAAAUAAAUAAAUAAAGGAAAAGAGGUCCUUAGAGUCCGAUAUCAUUGUCCUACUAUUCGUAUCUCUUUCAAAUGAUGAUCACCGUACUUUAGCCAAAUCAGGUUUUCCUUAUAAGCGCCUACAGUUUUAUAUUAGCGACAAUAAAAUAAAUUAGGCCCAUAAGGUAAAUGAUGAUAACAUUAAGUAGCUAGGCGUUAUAAUUAACGAGAUCCUCAUAAAAUUAAGCUAUUUACCUAUCCAUUUGCCUCACUGUUCAAUCUUUGAAAUCCUAGAUUCACAUUUUAUCAGUUUGGUUGUAAAACGUAAACAGUUGUAAACUUCGUUCUAUUUUUCGACCUGUUACGAAAAGCUCAAAAAAACACUAGAGCCUUUGGCUUUUUCGUUAGGAUACAUUUGAUCAGUGUCUAUAAUAAAAAACAAUUUUUUACAUUUAUACCAUUAUAUCGUUAAUAUCGUUAAGUAAGUAUGUAAGUAUGAUCAACACAGCUCUGCCAAUGUAUUCCUUUUAAAUGUACUCACUGUAUUGUAAGCUUGUCCAUACCAUACUAGGUAUGUUAUAUAAUGGUCUUCCUGUAACAUUGCGUAAACUUAAUAAACAGGCGAUUGGUGACAUUCUCUUUCGCCAAACCCUUGCUUCUAAUUAAAACGUAAUGAAAUAAAAAUAAAAAUUAAGUUGUCAAAAUGCCAUUUUAUUUUAAUUAACCUUCCCAAUCUCUUGUCCUUCUUUGCUAGCAUGUACUGUUGCAUUUGUGUAGCGACAGACACACAGGCCUAAUUAACAGAAAAAGUGUAAGAAACUACGCCAACGAGGCCAAUGUUUUGUUUUCAAUUUGUAACAACUUAACAAGGUUUAUAAUUUGCUUAAUGUAAGUUAAAUAAAGUAUCUAAAGUAAGUAUGUUAAUUAUUGCCCCAGUUAUAUUUUAAAAUACUGUACCGUCUUUGUAUUCUUCCCAUUUUAAUUUGUAAAAAAGUCAUAUGGAUUUGAUGGUUAAAUGCGCUAAAAUAUACAAGCUGUUUUUCUCUGAAUCUGGUAAAAUAAUUUGUCGGUAGAAGAGGCGGCAAAUUUAGAAAUAGUAGACGGGCUUUUUUAUUUCGCGCUUUUCCUACUGCCAAACAUGUUUGUAAGACUAUUACUUUUUCAUAAUUAUUUUACAGCAGUUUAUUUUUUAUGUCUAUUUUCGGCAUGAUUACAUAAUAUUUAUGGAAAUAUCGAUAUCGAUAAAAAAAAAAUCUCCCGACCCGAGGCCUACUAAACGUCACAUUUGGAUUUGGAUUCAGCUUGGAUUCAGCCAAAGAGCAUAUAUGGAUUCAGCUUCAAAAUUCAGGAGCCGUCAGAUUUUUGGCGCGAGGCGUAAAUGUGAUGUUUUUUGUUCCGAUGUAGCCCACAAGAUGGCAGAACCUACUAUGCACAAGAAAACACGUGACGUGUACAUGACUACAUGUUCAUGUUUAUGGUUCCGAUUCAGGCCACAAGAUGGCAGACCCUCCAACGCGCACGGUCCCUAUACUUUUGCAACAGUUCUACCUAAGGAGAUUCUGUUCCUUGCCUCUACCUUCCAUACUGUGCACCGUCUGGACUAUCAAAACCGCUGCCGACUUAUCUUAGUCUGCAUCUAUGGAUUUAUAAAAAAUAAGUAUUGCAGAAUUUUGACGCUGUUUUUCUGGACCUACAUCUACAGUGGCGCCAAGUGGUGAGCACAAAAACGAUAGCCCUCAUUGACUUUUAGAAGUCAGCUUAUUAAAGGAUGACGUGGUGCUGCAUAUGGGAUGCCAGUAAUCAAUGUUCAUCUGUUGAACGUCUCCGACUAAAUCAAAAUAGCGUAUGUGUAAUCACACUUGCGUGGUGUUACGCCCUUUUUACUCUGAUCCCAGACUGUUUUGAACACAAAACAAAUUAAACGACUAUAGUGGUUGAGGUAUAAAUUAGUUGAAAAUCUUCCUCAAAUGGUCCAGCCAGUGUAUGUAGUUACGCUGUUUUUGUUAUUAUCCUCAUAUCAAUUGACAGUGUCGCUACAUUAGUAUUAUGAACAGUAUUUUAACUAGACAUGUGUCGUUUACGAGUGAGUGAUUUAAAUGAACGAUAUCUUUUGGUUGAACUCACUCACCCUUCAACUCACUGAUGAUUUAACUCGCUCAGUAACUCAUCUAUCUGUGUUCCUUGCUCGCUCUUUGUCAUUCAUGAUUCGAAUGAGUCUGCCGAGCGUGACGAGCGAGACGAUGCGAAUAUGUUUUGGAGCGGUUCGAAAGAAUUUGGAGGAAGUCGGGUAAACAUGGCGGAAUCGUAUCCCGUGAUGCGCCAUCUUGGUCGCACUUAUGGCUGUCUGUAUCUGCGUCAAGUAGCGGUACUGAUAAUUCCGCUACUCGAUUCUAGAUGUCGCCUACGAAAAUAAUAAGCUUUUGUUAACAAAUCUGAUAUAUGGAGACAGCACUCUAUGCUUACUUCUUAUUUGUCUAUGUUCAUCAAGUCAAUUAACUGGCAGCUAUAUUACUUAUAGCUAUACCAACGUACACUACGAUUACUUCUAUUUCGGGAGAAACAUUGACGAGAUACACUUGUAUUUCUACCUUAACACAAACAAAUUAAAGUCUGUAUUUAAAAUCCAGUUCAGAGUUAUAACGCUAAACACAUACACUUUAUUUAUAUCACUUUAAGGUUGAACAUCGAAUGAGUUAAAAUAUCUGCCAGUAUAAAAUUAAUUUCAAGUGUUGUACAGAAUACCCUUUGACCUGUGUUCUGUGUUAUCACCAGAGUUUGUCAUUUCAUAAGAACUCUUUGAACAUGUUGGUGAUGUUAUAAACAUUUGUGAAUUAGUGAUUAAUAAAGUACAGUGCAUUUAAAGAUAGUGAAACAGGUAAAUAUGGAUGAAGAUUACGAUCUAGUUAUAGACUUAGACGAUGAAAGAGAGGAAAUACCACAUGGAAGUGACAGAGACGAAGAAAUGAGACCAAUAAUCAAUAAAUAUAUACAAAACGAAGACACGAGUAUGGAACAACAUUCUCAUAAAGAACUUCAAAAAACAAGCGUAAUACAGAGUCAAAAUAGCGAUCAGAAUUCAGAUGACGAUUACAUACAAGUUAUAGAUGAUGACGAUGACUACGAACUGUCGGUUCAAAAAUUAAUAAGUGCUGCAAAUAAAAUAGGAAGAGAGUACCUUAAAAAUAUACAAGUAAAAGAAGCGAAAGCUAAUGAAAUGCUUAACAAUAGUCAAGCGCAUAAAAGUGAUUCAAUAAAUGGAGAUAUCACAAAUCAAAUUCGAGAUCACAGGACUUUACAUAAGCUUUUUCUGGGUAGAAAUCAAGAUAGCAAGGACGAAUCCAUAAAUCGAGUUUUAAGUUGUGUUAGAGAAAAUCGAAUUGCAGAAACAACCAGUUACAAACCAAGUUACGAAUCUCAAUAUGUUACGGAAGAUAUACUACAUCAUAGAAACGAAAAUACUUUUAAAAGAAGAACGGAUGGUUAUAUGCAAGAUGUGAGGACUUUACCUAACAUUCAAACUGCAAGACACGCCUAUAGAUACCUUGAUUCAGAUAGAUCAAAAGUAGAUUUAAGCAUAGGUGACUAUUACCCUAUAAUGGACAGGUAUGAACACAGACAUGCUCACAGGCCUGAGCUUCCUUUGAGAAAUGAUUUUUAUCGUCAUGAUCCAAUAAACAGAUACACUCAUUUCCACGUUCAAAGACCAACUUUAAACACAAAUGGCUGCAGGUAUAAUGCAAUGCCCAGGGAAACACACAAUCAUCAUUAUAUACCAGAAGAUAUGUUAAGCAUAGAUGAAUACAGACGCGCUGAAAUAAACAGAGCUCCACAAUUUUAUCCUGAUAGACCGGAUUUGAUUAGACUUAAUGAUUAUAAGUAUACAUCAAUAGAAAGAGACGCUUCUACCUACUAUGCUUAUAGACCACAUGAACUAUUGAGAAGCGAUUAUGACAAUACUAUAACCAAUGGAUUUCCUGACAAUCAUUAUAUGCCUGACCAUGCUUUAGAUGACUACUGGCAAGCAAUGAGCAGGCAUGCUUACAGACCAGAAGGUGUAAUAAGCAUGGAAGACUAUGAACGCUCCUUAAGCAACUGGCAUGUAUACAACAAUGCUUAUAAACCACCUAUAGGUCUAAGUUUGGAUCCCUGUAGAUUAGUAGAAUUUCCUCACAUUUACAGACCUGAUUUAGUCAAUAUGGAUACCUGCAGAGAACCGAUGUUAACAAGAAAAGCAUUCUAUCCAGAAACUGAAGGUAUGUAUUGCUACAAACCACGAAUCAACCCCUACAAAACUGAAAUUUAUGAUGCUAAUGGAAACGAUAAUUUUAAACUGAAUGUAUCUCGCAAACAAGAAAUAACCAGUACAGCUGCUAACACGCCAAGAAAUGCGAGUAAAGAUGACAAUAAGCUGCAAUCUAUUUUAAGUACAGGAAAUAAAAUAUCAAAAGCUCAAUUGCAUAUAAAUCAAAUAAUUGAAAAACCCGGAAAUCUAGAUGUACCUGUAUACAAAUAUAAAAACAGUCUAACCUAUAGAACAAUGGAAGACCAUAUAAAAAGCAAUAAAACUACUUUGAGCGAGAAUAAACCUGAAUCAGAUAUGGAUAUCUGUAAACCAGGAGUACCUGUUAUGACGAAUAGACCAGAUACAGUAAUAUUAAGUACUAAACAUAUUUAUCAAAAAAGGACGUAUAACCAGAAUGCCCAGUCCGAUGCUUUAGCUGCAUCAGGAAUAAUUCGCGACACUUAUGAUAAGAUCGAAACAACUGCUAAAGAAAUUGAAAACCAUGGAGCUGCAUUAGACAAAAAUGCUGACUUUAUACAUAAGGUGAACAAGACACAUGAAGAAAAAGGAGCUGAUCGAGAAGGUAAUGCAGUAGAAAAAGAUAUUAGUAUACAACUAUUGGUAGUUUUCUUCACACGUGUAAAGGAGCUCGUCAAAGACACUUUUCCAGAAUUUUCUAAAUCGCUUGAAAAGGAAAUUGAUAAUUUGGGAAAAAGGACGAAUAGUGGUAGAUUGAAAACAGACAUACAGUACAUUUGUCCUUUAUACUGUUCUGUGUCCACUUAUUCUUUACCCCGAUUUGACAGCACUGAUGAUGAUAAUAGGGUAGAAAAACAUGUAAAUCGAGCUAAAAUUUGUGAUGUGUGUAGUUGCAUUCAAAACUGUUAUAAGUUAUACAAGACUAAAUAUUUUAAUUUAGUAUUCACGCAAACAGGCGAAGGUAAAGAAAAAAGGACAAUGAUAGGAAAUGACACAGUAAAAGUAAAUAUGCCUCAGAGUGUACUUGGAAUUAGGGCGCAAACCGUCAUACGCAGGCGACAAGGUACAGAUUGUAAAGAAUCUAAAAGUAAUCAGGAUAUUUUAAAUAUUGAUGAAGAAUUGAAUAAAAAUCAGGGUCAGUCCAUUACUGAUCACAAAAUAUUAAAUAAAGAUACGCGUAGUGCUUACUCUACUACAGUUAACAACAAGCUGUCUAUAGCUGGCCUACAUGAUACAAUGUUACUAGACUCAUUAUCGGUAUUAAAUGGCAACCUAACAAGCAAAAAUAUAGAAAAUGCAAUGAAUUCGCCAAAUUGGGUACCAACCAUAUCUAUUGAUGACAAUGAUAUUUCAUUACGUAUUAAUACUCAUAAUAACCGAAUGGAAAUCGAAAAACAAGUCCUAAAGACAGUUAAUGAUGAAAAAGAAAUAAUAAUUGACUACAGUAGUCAAAGCAGACAGAGUUUAAGUGAAAACAGAGUUAAUAAGGAUAAUUGUCCUAAGGACGAAAAUGAAGCAAAGCUAAUCCUCUCCUUAUCUUUCAAUGAAAUAACUAAUGCAGAUAUAAUAGCAUCAAAACUAAAGGAUAAAAUAAGUAAAAAACCUGACACCGUAUUCACAUGUCACAUUUGCAGUUGUACAUUCACCUAUUUCACAUCAUUUGUAAGCCAUAUACAGAAAGAACAUAAUAUAAAUGAGAUUGACGAAGAUUUAUCCGAAGAAUGUAUUGCACAAAAAUGUCCAUUCUGCGGAGUAUAUUCGAAACAGAAAUAUCACAAUGAACAUGUUGAAAAAGAUCAUCCAGAAAUAUUUACGCGUAAAGAAGAAGCUAAUGAAAUAGAAGUGACAAAAGUGAAUAAAAGAAGGAAAUCAAUGAAAAGGAAGUUCAUAUUUACAUGUCUGGUGUGUCACAAGAAUCUCAAGUCGUGCGAAGUACAGAGACAUAGAGAGAUAGAACAUAAGGGGUUGAAGGUAGCGAAGAUGUUUACCAAGAAACUAUCAAGUAUGGAUUAAUUGUUAAAUUUAACAACCUAAGGACAGUUUAAAUUAGAAUAGAUAAAUUUAAAUACAAGCAAUAAAUAGCAAUACCAAAAACAAAUGAAUUAACAUUUAAACAAUAAACAUACUUAGUUGUAUUA